CUUUGAAGGCCUUCUUAUGGUUCGUUUUUCACUGCACUCAAAUUUGUUUAUAUGGUCCUUAGUGCAUUCAGCGGGUGACCCUGGUGCAAGUUAAAUGGUUUGCGCGCGUACGUUGUCUGAUCCCGUUGGGGUUAUAUCUAUGGCUUCAGAUAAAAAUGUGGAGCAAGGGGAUCAGAAUAUAGUUUCAGAAUUUUGUCACCUCCUUGAGAAAUCAAAGCAAUUGUUUAAUGGCUUGCGUGAUUUACCACAGCAUGGUCAUAGACAGUGGAAGGCUUAUUUCGGUCGCACUUUCGAUGUUUACACAAAGUUAUGGAAAUUUCAGCAGCAACACAGACAAAAGCUAGACGAAUUGUAUGGACUUAAGCGGUGGCAAAUCGGGGAAGUUGCGUCAAAAAUUGGUCAAUUAUACCAUCACUAUUAUUUACGCACUAGUGAUCUGCAUUACCUGAAUGAGUCAUUCGCAUUCUUCUCAGCUAUUCGUACUCGUGACUACUACUCAAAAGCCAAUAAAGAAGAACGACCCGAUCUCAUGAUCAAGAAACUUCGGUACUAUGCUCGGUUUAUACUAGUAUGUCUUCUUCUGCGCAAAAUGAAGCUUGCAAAUGAUCUAAUUAGAGAAUUCUCUAAACAGGUCGAUGAUUAUAUUGAUAUUUAUGAUUCUGAUGACCGUUUGGGAUGGGCUGUAGUGAUUCAAGAAAUGAAAGAUUUCGUGGAUGGUGACUCAAUAUGUGAAAUCGUCGACUGUGAUACACCACAAAUUUAUGCUUCAAAAAGGCUCAAUGCAUUUAACAGCCCACAAAUCGAAAGACAUGAAACUGGUCAUUUACAGUUAUCUGAAGUUCUAAUUAUUGGAAACUGCUAUGACCAAAUUCGCUUUAGUGAGUUGUCAUUAGAUAUGUACCGCAUGUUACAAACGUUUGAACGUGACCCACGGGGACAGAUGCUGAACAGUCGGAAUUCUAAACUGAGUGUGACUGACGGUUUGGAAAAUGGUAUUUCUGCCAACUAUCUUCUUGAUUCACCUGAAGUAACAAAUCCUCACAAGUAUCUUCUGUACAAACCUACAUUUUCUCAGUUCAAUACCUAUGUUGCUACAGCGUUCAAGGAUCUUUCAUCCACUGGAGCAAUGUUACUUUAUAUAUCUGCUGAUGGUGUUCGGGCUCCUGUUGUAAAAAAUAAUGAGUCACAUUUAGGAGCAGCUGGUUACGAUUAUGGUGGAGUUGUUACAAAUAAUCGGCAUGAACAAGAAUUCUGUAUAAAACCAAAACGGUGUAGCUAUAAAGAACCUCAUUGCAUUCAUCCCGGUGAUCUCCUUCUUUACACACGCAAACCUCUGUUUGUCAUAGUUGACAGUGACAACAGUUCAACUUUCCGGAAUAUUCCUAAUCUAUUCGGUCAACCGUUCGUAUGCCUUCUUUCACCUGAAGUUAUCCCAGAGAAAUUAGAAAGUCAACGGCAUCGAGGCAAUCUGUUUACAUUAUUCUUGCAUUGUCCAUUAACUGCAUUUUGCUUUACAUGCAAUUUGACGAAAAUAACUCAGAAAACAUGGGAUCGAGCACAAAAUAUCAUAGAUUCUUUUCUAACAGAAUGUUAUCAAGUUCUGACACGCUCCAGGAGUUUAGAUUACUCCUACCAACAAUUCCUUUCGGAUGACUUCUUACGAACAAUAAUAUUACGAUAUUGUUUCUGCAAUAUUGUCCUUCAGCUUCAUCGAGGGUUUCAUGGACCUUCUUUUUAUCCUUCGUGUUCUCCUUCUCUACCGGGAUCAGAAUUAAUGGAUUGUCGUGUACUACAUAAGCUGAUCACAGAAUUAGCAUCGUUAUUAGAUUGUCGAGCACUUUUCGCCACUGCAGAUGAUUACUCAAAAGAUUGAACAAUGAGAAUUUCGAGAGACUAUCCCUAACAUAUAUAUAUAUAUAUAUAUAUAAUAUAAUAUUUAUCUGUUAUAAUAUGGUAUUCCUCCUAUCUAUUGACAACUAUCCUCAGGAUUAGUGUGUCAAAGUAAUGCUUUCCUGCCCCCACAAGUGCUUACACUCUUUCUUUCAUUUUAACAAAAUAUGUGACACCAAUGAUAAGAUAUUCCCAAAUAUAUAUAUGAAACUAUGAUCACCUCCUUCCUGUAUUCUUAAACAUUUUAUUGCAUUUUGCUGUAUUUUUUUGAUUUCUUUUCAUAUUCUGAAAAAGAACAACCAUUAUAUAGAGUGCAUUUUUGUUUAUUACUUUUAAAAAUCCUGUUGAUUUUAUUAUUUAUCACGUCUAUUUACCAAAUAUAAAUUCAGUCUUAAGUUGUGUCCGACACAGAAAAUCUCUUCUCAAAGAAUCAAUAAUUAUUAACAUCUUAGUGGAAGUAUAAAUGACGCCUAGUAGUCGUAAGGAUACACUUAAAUAAAUUAUCCUAUUAAUACUUCAGAUGUUUAUCCUUACAAUUAUGCAUCAUUAUCUUUCCGUUAAAUGUCAUAAUUACUGAUUCUCUCCGUUGUGGUGUCGGUGGGUGGGGGAGAGCGGCAGUUUCUGUAUCGAACUACUAUUGUAUACCGUCUGUAUUUAGGAUUUUCCAACUACACUUAUUUAGUUAUUAGAGUGGAACAAACAAACAAAUACUUCACUUGAAUUUCGAUUGCUGUCAUUUUCCAUAAAUACGCGCAAAGCUUCUUUUUCUUCUUUCUUUUAAAUGUACCACUUGAUUUCUCACGAGAAACAACUUUUAAAAUUGGUUGUUAAUGCUGCUGCAACCUUGUACUACUAGACUACCCUUCAUCCCUUAAUUAUAAUGAAUGCUAAAUGCAAG